CAACAGCAACAACAGCAACAACAGCAGCAGCAGCAGCAGCAGCAGCAACAACAACAACAACAACAGGUUCGACGACCUUCAAGCGAUCAAGAUACUGCUCGAUUCAUGAAUGCUAGUUUGGAUGAUUUCAAAGGUCAUUUGUACGAAUUAGCCAAGGAUCAAAAUGGAUGUCGAUUUUUACAACGAAAGAUUGAAGAUACUUCUCAGAAUAACAAUCAAGCCAUCUUAGCGAUUUACGAAGAAAUACAUGGGCAUUUUGUGGAACUUAUGACGAAUUCGUUUGGAAACUACCUGUGUCAAAAAUUAUUGGAACGAUGUGACAAUGAACAACGAGAUACAAUAGUAGAAAUCGUGGCACCUGAUAUAGUCAAUAUUUCUCUAAAUAUGCAUGGGACUAGGGCAGUACAAAAAUUGAUUGAGUUUUUGUCAACUCCUGAACAGAUUCAAAUGAUUACUUCGGCUUUGAAUCCUAGUGUUGUACCUCUGAUCAAAGAUUUGAAUGGCAAUCAUGUCAUUCAAAAAUGUUUACAUCGACUAUCUGCUGAACACCGUCAAUUCAUCUAUGAUGCUGUUAGUAGUAAAUGUGUUGAAGUUGCCACACACAAGCAUGGAUGUUGUGUAUUACAAAGAUGCAUUGAUUACGCAUCUGAUGCCCAAAAGGCACAAUUGGUAGAAGAAAUCACUCGUCAUGCUCUUCCUUUGGUUCAAGAUCCUUAUGGAAACUAUGUUGUACAAUAUGUUUUGGAACUUGGUGAUGCACGAUUCUCGGACGCAUUGAUCAGAAGAUUUGUUGGACAUACAUGUUAUCUUUCGGCUCAGAAAUUUAGCUCUAAUGUGAUCGAAAAGUGCAUUCGUGUUGCUUCUCCGGAAACGCGCAAAUUACUGAUCGCCGAGUUUAUUGACCCUUCUGCUAUGGAAAAACUACUAAGGGAUUCCUUUGCCAAUUAUGUCAUUCAAACAUCUUUGGAUUAUGCUGAACCAGAUCAACGUGCUGAAUUGGUAGAUUGUAUUCGUCCUUUAUUAGCUUCUGUUCGUAGUACUCCAUAUGGGAAGCGGAUUCAUGGAAAGAUAUUUCGCGAACAACAUCGUUCAACACAACAACAACAGCUUCCUCAGCAAAUUCAAUUACAAAAUCGUCAACAACAAUCUUCACUGAAUCGACGUCCCACAACUGGAUGAUGUGGAAAUGCAUUGUAGGAAUAUUGGAUUGAAAUUAUAUAUGUGUGUGUAUCUGUGUGUUUGUAUGUAUGUAUGUAUCAUUCCUUUUGAUCAAAAAAAAAAAGUCACUAGCUAGCUUGUAUAUUCCUUUCUCUCACUUUUUUUUUUUCUCCCUUGAUUUUUUUUCCCUCCCAUUCAC